CUGGGCGCCGGGCAGCCCCCUGUGCCCCCUGCCCGGCACCUUCCGGCGGCAGCGGCUCGUCCCCUCCGCUCCAUGGGGACCCACGGCCCUCCCGCGCGGCGCUGCCGGUGCCUGGGCCCGUUCCGGCUGGACCCUGCCGGCUCUGCGGUAAAGGGAGUGUCGUUACUACAGAUCAGAAUGAGUCAGGGCUGAGCCCCAUCGGCCUCUUUGGCGCGGGGACCGCCCUUCUGGGGGCUGUAGAAAUGAACCUCAGGUGCGGGAAGGUGCGGGCUGCACCUGCUCGUGUUUCUUGAGGGAGAGCUCACGUGGCUGAAAAAUGAGUCUGAAGCAAGAAGGCUCAUUGUGUGCUCAACACUGUCUGAAUAAUUUGCUGCAAGGGGAAUACUUUAGUCCUGUAGAGUUAUCCUCUAUUGCACAGCAGUUGGAUGAGGAAGAAAGGAUGAGAAUGGCAGAGGGAGGAGUAUCUAGUGAAGAAUAUAGAACAUUUUUACAGCAGCCUUCUGUAAAUAUGGAUGAUAGUGGAUUCUUCUCAAUUCAAGUUAUAAGCAAUGCCUUGAAAGUGUGGGGUUUAGAACUAAUCCUCUUCAACAGCCCAGAGUAUCAGAGACUUGGGAUCGACCCUAUAAAUGAAAAAUCAUUUAUUUGUAAUUAUAAGGAACACUGGUUUACAGUUCGAAAGUUGGGAAAACAGUGGUUUAACUUGAACUCUCUCUUGAUGGGUCCAGAACUAAUAUCAGACACAUAUCUUGCACUUUUCUUGGCUCAAUUACAACAGGAAGGUUAUUCCAUAUUUGUAGUAAAAGGAGACCUGCCAGACUGUGAGGCUGAUCAGCUACUGCAGAUGAUUCGGGUACAGCAAAUGCAGAGACCAAAACUAAUUGGGGAAGAGGCAGCACAGUCAAGAGAUCAGAGGCUACCCAGAAGUGAUGUGGACCAAGCAAUAGAAGUUAACCAUCCUUUUGAUGGAACAGGCAUGUUAGAUGAAGAUGAAGAGAAUUUUCAGAGAGCCCUGGCUUUAAGUAGGCAGGAAAUUGAUAUGGAGGAUGAAGAAGCUGAUCUUCGCAGAGCCAUUCAGCUCAGCAUGCAAGGUAGUCGUCGAAGUGAGCUCUCAGGCUCGUUACCGCAGAAUGUUCCUCAGUCGUCUCACAGCAGUCAGACAGAAUCCCUUUCUUCAGAAGAACUGCGAAGGAGAAGACAAGCGUAUUUUGAAAAACAGCAACAACAGCUACAGCAGCAAGAUCAGACGCCAAACCUACAUGAUAAGGCAACUCUUAGCUCAAGCACUCAAGAAGCUGACCCAGGAGGUGAUAUGAGUGAAGAAGACAUGCUUCAAGCAGCCAUGAAUAUGUCUCUGGAAUCUGUUAAAAACCACUUGAAUUCAGAAGAGGAGAAAUGA